AUGGCUUCAAUUCUCUCCCUUUUCUUCACAAAAACUAAUAUUAAUGGAAUUCUUGGAAGGUUUUUUUUAAUUCAAAAAUUUUUUUACUUUCCACUAUUUUUUAGAGGCAACAUGUUUCUUUUCUCCCACAAUUUUUUACAAAAAUUUUUAAAUUUUCCUUCUGACUGGAAUUCAACAGACAAAAGAUUAAUUGAUAUUGGGGCUGGAGAUGGGACAAUUACAUUGGUUUUGCAAAGGUUUUUCAAACACGUUACAGCUGUUGAAGCUUCCAAAGUAAUGGAAUGGCGCUUAGCCCAACACCAUUUUAAAAUCCUCAAUGUUGAUAAAUGGCAACAGAGUGGACCCUAUGACCUCAUUUGUGCCUUAAAUUUGCUCGAUCGUCACUAUGCCCCAACCCAAUUAUUAAAGCAAUUGCAUUCCUUGGCCUUGUCAAAUGGUUGUUUUUUACUACUUUCUGUUGUCCUUCCAUUAAAUUUUUAUGUGGAAUUUAAUUUAAACGAAGGGGGAACUCAACAAGAUUUGUUAUUAUUGCCCUUUUCAAAAUCCAACAAAAAUUCGUUUGAAGAACACGCUGAAAUUCUUGUGAAUGAAGUACUGAUACCUGCAGGAUUUGAAGUUGUUAGAUGGACUAAACUUCCCUAUUUUUCUGAGGGAGAUUUGGCUAGGGUGACAUUUUCAACUGUUUGGUAUUUUGAUAAGGUUUUCCUCUGA